GGGAAACAAAACUAGGCACGACCAGUGAGAGACAAAGGAACCCGUCGCACCGCGCUUUCCAAAUCUCCAAUCCUCUUUCUCCCCUGGUACAUUAUUCUCUCUCUGAGAUGGUUUUGAGGUGCUCGGAGAUCGACGGGCCGCCGAAGCCUCCGCCGGCGCCGCCGCGGGCGGCGGCAGGGUUCAGCUUCUCGGUCCCCUUCGAGAAUCCCACGCUCCGGUGGGGCAGCACCCGCAUCCUCCGCUGCCAGCUAGUCUCCGGCCACCGCGACACCGCCGACCGCCGUCAAUCCUCCGCCUCUCCUUCUCCUCCUCCUCCUCCUCCUCCGCCUCCUCCCCAAACCAAGAACGAUCGUUCGCCUCCUUCCAGUCGACCGAGGCUUGUGAUCCGCAUUCCCUGCCGGACCCAGCCCAAGGAGCCCGAGAGAGACGGGCCUCCCGCUCCGCAGGAGCGGCGAGAUCGUCGCCGGGAGGCGAGGACGGCGGGCGGCGGCCGGACUCCGGUGGAGAUUGGGAGGCCGGUCUCUGGUCCCGUGACGAGAUCUUUGAGGUUCAGAGCUGGUGCUGAGGGCGACAAGAAGACGGCGAAGAACGUGAGGCCGGCGGAGUUCAGCCUCUCCCUAUCGAAGGAGGAGAUGAUGGAGGACUUUAUCGCCAUGACCGGCGCCAAGCUCCCUCGCCGCCCCAAGCAGCGGCCUAGGCCCGUCCAAAAGAAUCUCAAUGGGAUCUUUCCUGGGUCGGACUUGCCAAAGGUCGUGACUCCUGGUCUAUACAGGGUUUCUGAUUCCUCCCAAUGAUUUUGCCUCGGAUGAUUGGUUUCGUCUCCUUCGGUUUGAGACACCUGUAGAUUCCGAACUUUUAGGUUGGACUUACUUUGGUUGAGCUGAAGCAAUGUGGUUCCUCCACAUGCGAUAGAGUUGCUUAAACAGAAAGCAGAAAACGGUGAUGAAUUUGAUUAUACAUUGUUCCAUAACUUUUGUCAAGUCUAUACAUGUUCAUGACAAUGCUUCAUAAACUGUCUAUUGUUAA